AUAUAGGCCCCUAUCUCUUGUGGUCACACACUUUCACUUUCCCUUCUCUGUUUUUCUUCUCUUCUAUUCUCCUCUGUUUCACUUCAAAUACAAAUUUACAUAUAAAAGUACUUAUCCUUUUUCACAAUUUUCAAUAUUGCUUCACUCUUUCAAGGUUUGUGGAAUCUGUUUCUGUUUUCCCAUUUUGAUAUCUUGCGAUCGCUUGAUAAUGUAUCCUGGUGGUUAUACUGCUGAAAUCACAAACUUAACCCCGAGAGCGACAGAGAAUGAUGUGCAGAACUUUUUUGGAUACUGUGGUGUAAUCGAGCGUGUUGAUGUAAUCAGGUCCAGUGAUUAUGAGUCUACUGCAUAUGUGACUUUUAGGGAUGCUUAUGCCCUGGAAACUGCAUUGUUGCUGAAUGGAUCAAUGAUUUUGGACCGAUGCAUUUCUAUUUCACGCUGGGAAACUUAUACAGAUGACAGCAAUAACUGGAACAAUCUUACUCCAAACCAUGAAGACAGUAUUACAUACUCACAAGAUAUGCACAUGGAUAAGUUUGUUUCUUCCCCUGGAGAAGCACUGACUAUGGCACAACAGGUUGUCAAAACAAUGGUAGCGAAAGGAUUUGUGCUGAGCAAAGAUGCAUUUGUGAUGGCAAAAGCUUUUGACGAGUCGCGCAGUGUAUCAUCUACAGCAGCAAACAAGGUUGCUGAACUCAGCAACAAAAUCGGGUUGACUGAAACCAUAAAUUCAGGCAUUGAAACAUUUAAAUCUGUUGAUGAGAAGUAUCAUGUUACAGAUAUAACCAAAUCAGCUGCAACGGUAACUGGGACGACCGCUAUAGUUGUGGCAACAGUUACCGGGAGAGCAGCUAUGGCUGCUGGUAGUGCUAUAGCCAAUAGCAGCUACUUCGCGAAAGGAGCUCUUUGGGUUUCAGAUAUGUUAUCUCGUGCGGCGAAAUCAACCGCUGAUUUGGGUCAUCAUCAAAACAAAUGAAACUCCAAAACAUACACUAAAAUGUUUGGCUGUUGUACACAAGCAAAAAACAACAAUUGUUUGGCGAUACUGUAUUGGUAUACCGUAAUCGGCUACUUAUCUGGUGCAAAUGUUGAUAUCAUUAGUUCUGGAGAAUCCAUGAUGAGCAGCAGCUGGUUUGUGUAUGUAUCUUUAUAGAAAUCAGAAACUCUGAUUGAGUUUAUAUUUGUAUGUAUUGGGAUAAUUUCUUGUUUAUUUUUCUAUUCACUAGUUUUGUUCAAUUUAUUUGCUAUGUACUGCUGAUAAACAUCCAGUCAUAUUUUAUAAUACAAAUAUUUGUGCAGAUAAUUCAAGAUUUAGGAAA